AUGGACACCAGCAAGAAGACAGAACCCCCUUUAUCUGUAGAAAUGGUACAACAAAGGGCCAAUCCUGAUCGCAGUCCUUCAGCAUCAGUUUAUGUUCCAGAGCAAGGUGGCUACAAAGAGAAAUUUGUAAAUGCUGUGGAAGAUAAGUAUAAAUGUGAAAAAUGUCACCUCAUCUUAUGCAAUCCUAAGCAGACUGAAUGUGGACACAGAUUUUGUGAGACCUGCAUGAAUGCCUUGCUAAGUUCUUCUAGUCCAAAAUGUACAGCGUGUCAAGAAAGCAUAGUAAAAGAUAAGGUAUUUAAAGAUAAUUGUUGCAGGAGAGAGCUACUUGCCCUUCAGAUCUACUGCAGAAAUGAAAACAAGGGCUGUAAAGAACAGCUGUCUUUGGGUCAGUUACUGUUGCAUUUGAAAACUGAUUGUCAGUUUGAAGAACUCUCAUGUCCUCGUGCUGAUUGCAAAGAAAAAAUACUGAGAAAAGAUUUGCCAGACCAUGUAGAGAAGACCUGUAAAUACCGGGAGACAACCUGUAAAUACUGUAAAAGCCAAGUCCCAAUGAUUAUGUUGCAGAAACAUGAAGAUACAGACUGCCCGUGUGUCAUGGUUUCAUGUCCUCAUAAAUGUAGUGUUAAAACACUCAUGAGGAGCGAGUUGAAUGCACAUUUGUCAGAAUGUAUUAAUGCCCCAAGUACCUGUAGUUUUAAGCGUUAUGGCUGCACUUUUCAGGGAACAAAUCAACAAAUUAAAGCACAUGAAGCCAGCUCAGCAGUGCAGCAUGUUAACUUAUUGAAAGAGUGGAGCAAUGCUCUAGAAAAUAAGGUGGCCUUGCUCCAGAAUGAAAGUUUGGAAAAGAACAAGAGUAUACAAACUUUACAUAAUCAGAUUUGUAGCUUUGAAAUAGAAAUUGAAAGACAGAAGGAAAUGCUGCGGAAUAAUGAAUCUAAAAUACUUCAUUUACAGCGAGUAAUAGACAGUCAAGCAGAGAAACUGAAGGAGCUGGACAAAGAAAUCCGUCCCUUCCGACAAAACUGGGAGGAGGCUGACAGCAUGAAGAGCAGUGUAGAAUCCCUCCAGAACAGAGUGACUGAGCUGGAAAGUGUUGAUAAAACUGCGGGGCAAGGAGCUCGAAAUACAAGCCUACUAGAGACACAGCUGAGCAGACAUGACCAGAUGCUGAGUGUUCACGAUAUUCGGCUGGCUGAUAUGGACCUCCGAUUCCAGGUGUUAGAAACUGCCAGUUACAAUGGAGUAUUAAUUUGGAAAAUUCGAGAUUACAAACGUCGGAAGCAAGAGGCAGUCAUGGGGAAGACUCUGUCCUUGUACAGCCAACCCUUUUACACUGGAUACUUUGGCUACAAGAUGUGUGCCAGAGUUUACCUUAACGGAGACGGCAUGGGAAAGGGGACGCACUUGUCACUGUUUUUUGUCAUAAUGCGUGGAGAAUACGAUGCGUUGCUUCCCUGGCCGUUCAAACAGAAAGUGACUCUCAUGCUGAUGGAUCAGGGGCCAUCUCGACGCCACUUAGGAGAUGCUUUCAAGCCAGAUCCAAACAGCAGCAGUUUCAAGAAGCCAACUGGAGAAAUGAACAUUGCAUCUGGCUGCCCAGUCUUUGUGGCUCAAACUGUUCUAGAGAAUGGAACGUAUAUUAAAGAUGAUACUAUUUUUAUUAAAGUCAUAGUGGAUACAUCGGAUCUACCAGACCCCUGA